GGUAAUUCUGGUCAUCAGAGUCUUAUUGGACUCCGAUUAUAUCGACCAGACCGGGAUGCAAUACUUUCGGAUGGGACUCGGAUCCUUGACUGGCCGAGAUCAUGUAAAGUGUCCAAAAGGACGGACACCAAACACACCUGACUGAUGAUCAAAGCAAUACCUGGGCAAUUGCAUCGGGGGACCUCGGCAUGAUGGACGGGUAACAAUAGCCCAUCCUUACAUGACCAGAGAUUCAACCUUCUUCGGUUUCACGGAUUGCGUGUCAGUACAACUUAGGUACAUAGUAUCAUACGAAAGAUGGCUGGUGCAGUUCGCCAACCCAUCGAUGUGGCCUCCUUGGAGCGCUUCGUCGCAUCCAACGUGCCGGAAAUCCAGGUCCCAUUGGAGGUGAAGCAGUUUGGCUAUGGACAAUCCAAUCCAACCUACCAGCUCAUCGACAAAACCGGGAAGAAGUUCGUGUUGAGGAAGAAGCCUCCGGGACAGCUGCUUUCGAAGACCGCGCAUAAGGUGGACCGAGAGUAUCGGAUCAUUCACGCUCUGGAGAAUACCGACGUGCCGGUGCCGAAAGCGUAUUGCCUAUGCGAAGAUGACAGUGUCAUUGGCACCGCUUUCUACAUCAUGGAGUUCCUGGAUGGGAGGAUCUUCGAGGAUCCGGCGAUUCCAGGCGUAACGCCUGAGGAAAGGAAGGAAAUGUGGCACGACGCCAUCCGCGCCCUUGCCAAGUUCCACCGCGUCAGCCCGAAGAGCGUCGGAUUGGAGAGCUACGGCAAGCCCAGCGGCUUCUACACCCGCCAACUGGCCACGUUCGCGACCAUCUCCGAAGCGCAGGCGCAAGCCAUCGAUGUGGAGACGAAAGUUCCGGUCGGCAAGAUCCCUCACUACGACGACAUGGUGGCCUUCUUCUCCAACCCGAAGACGCAGCCUAAGGACCGGAGUUCGUUCGUCCACGGCGACUAUAAAAUCGACAACGUCGUCUUCCACAAGACCGAGCCACGGAUCAUCGGGAUCUUAGACUGGGAAAUGUCCACCGUCGGCCACCCACUCUCCGACCUGGCCAACCUCAUCACCCCCUUCACCACUGCCAGCUCCCAAAAGGCCAUUGAAAUCGGCCGUGGCAGUCCGAAAUUCCAGCCCGGCAAAACGCCCGGCCUCCCCACCAAGCAGGAGUGCAUCAACUGGUAUACGGAGGUCGCGGGAUGGAAUCCGGCCUCGGAAAUCACCUGGGGCGACGCGUUUGGCAUCUACCGCGGCUCCAUCAUCAUGCAGGGGAUUGCCGCGCGGUAUGCGUUGCGGCAGGCUAGCAGUGCGCAGGCGAGCGAGUAUGGGAAGCAGAUGAAGCCGUUUGCGGAAGUGGCUUGGAGUUUGGUGGAGGAGGCGAAGGGUCAAGCGUCGAAGAGCAAGUUAUAGGUUCCUCAUGGUGUCGUAGAUUGUAUGUAGCGAUUCUCGUGGAGGUUCGGGUGGAAUUUGUAAAAUCUGGCCUUCCCUAUAGCCAUAAAUAUAUCUGGUAUCGUCUAUGUUUCAGCCAACUCGGAGAACUCCUGG